AUGGGAAGCACAGACAACCCCCCUUUCACCCUUCGAAGCCACCGCCCGGGCGACAUAGGCUGGAUCACCUACCGCCACGCCACCAUCUACCACGAAGAAUACAACUGGAACGUGAAAUUCGAGUCACUGGUCGCUAAGAUUGGAUCUGAAUUCCUCGAAAACUAUGAUCCUCAAUGCGAACGGUGCUGGAUCGCCGAAAAGGACGGCAAGUUCCUCGGCUGUGUCAUGCUCGUCAAAGACCGCUCUUCAGAUCAGAAUACGGCCAAGCUGCGACUGUUACUUGUUGAGCCCAGUGCGCGGGGCCUCGGUGUCGGGGGGACACUGGUGCGGCAAUGUACAGAGUUUGCGAAGGAAGUUGGCUACUCACGGAUUGGGUUGUGGACGCAGAGUAUGUUGACUCCGGCGAGGAGGUUAUAUGCGAACGAGGGAUAUAAGAUUGUUAAGUCGGAGGAGCAUGAGAGUUGUGGGCCAAAAUUGGUGGGUGAGCUGUGGGAAAUGGAACUAUAG